AUCGUUAAUAAGCACCGGCUCCUCCACUCCCACCCUUCACUUUGCACUUUCAAAACUUUCCAUCUCUCACUCUCCUUCUCAGCCAGUGGGAUCACAAAUAACAAUGGCAGCCGCCGUCUCCUCAAUCGGAGCUGUCAACUUUGCCCCGCUCAACUUGAAUGGCUCUGGAGCUGGAGCUGCGGUUCCUAGCUCAGCCUUCUUCGGCAGCAGCCUGAAGAAGGUGAACUCAUCCUACACAGCCCCAAAGGUUUCACCGGGAAACUUUAAAAUCGUGGCUACUGAGAUUGACGAGGAUAAGCAGACCGAGACGGACAGAUGGAAGGGCCUAAGCACUGAUACCUCUGAUGAUCAACAAGACAUCACCAGAGGAAAGGGCAUGGUUGAUUCUCUCUUCCAAGCCCCCUCGGGAUCGGGAACCCACUAUGCUGUCCUCAGCUCUUACGAAUACCUCAGUCAGGGACUUCGCACAUACAAUUUGGACAACACCAUCGACGGUUUGUACAUCGCUCCUGCCUUCAUGGACAAGCUCGUUGUUCACAUAACCAAGAACUACAUGUCCUUGCCUGGCAUCAAGGUCCCCCUCAUCCUGGGUGUCUGGGGAGGCAAAGGUCAAGGAAAAUCUUUCCAGUGUGAGCUCGUCUUUGCCAAGAUGGGAAUCAACCCUAUCAUGAUGAGUGCCGGAGAACUGGAAAGCGGAAAUGCAGGAGAGCCAGCCAAGCUUAUCAGGCAAAGAUACAGAGAAGCAGCUGACAUUAUCAGGAAGGGAAAAAUGUGCUGUCUCUUCAUCAACGAUCUUGAUGCCGGUGCUGGUCGUCUCGGUGGAACUACACAAUACACUGUUAACAACCAGAUGGUUAACGCCACCCUCAUGAACAUUGCUGAUAACCCCACCUGUGUCCAACUCCCCGGUAUGUACAACAAAGAAGAGAACCCCCGUGUGCCCGUCAUUGUCACCGGUAAUGAUUUCUCCACCUUGUAUGCUCCCCUUAUCCGUGAUGGUCGUAUGGAGAAAUUCUACUGGGCACCAACCCGCGACGAUCGUAUUGGUGUCUGCACCGGUAUUUUCCGAGCUGACAAUGUUCCUCAGGAAGAAAUUGUCAAACUUGUCGACACUUUCCCUGGUCAAUCCAUUGAUUUCUUUGGUGCAUUGAGGGCAAGAGUGUACGAUGAUGAAGUGAGGAAGUGGGUUUCCGGUGUUGGAGUGGACAAAGUUGGGAAAAAGCUCGUGAACUCAAGGGAAGGCCCUCCACAGUUCGAGAAGCCUGCCAUGACCUUGGAGAAACUCCUCGAGUACGGCAACAUGCUCGUCCAAGAGCAGGAGAACGUGAAGAGGGUCCAAUUGGCUGACAAGUACUUGAACGAGGCCGCUCUUGGUGAUGCCAACGAGGAUGCUGUUGAGAGUGGAAGUUUCUACGGCAAAGCAGCUCAGCAAGUGGGUGUUCCAGUUCCUGAAGGAUGCACUGACCCUAAUGCUAACAACUUUGAUCCCACUGCAAGGAGUGAUGAUGGAAGCUGCUUAUAUACUGUCUAGGCCUUUCGGGGGAAGCAACCAAUUAAUCGACGCAGGAGUAAUUUAUAAGCGCGCAAAGGAGUCAAAAAAUAAAUCGUUGUCGCCUCUGUUUCUUUAUGGAUUACCGUCCUGUAAUUUUGUGUCAAAGUAUAUUAUACACUCGUCUCAUCCUCGAAUUCUGAUUUUUGUGUAUUUCUCUCUCUCUUAUUCAAGACUCUUCUGUUUUUGGGAAGCUUAAUGAGGAGGUUUCGUUCAUGUUAAAUCUGCAAGAACUGCAUCAGAUACCUUCUUGGGGAUGUUUACAAAAACCAGACCCUUCUCCCCGGUUCCCAGUCAAGACUUAAUCUAAUGUUUGUGUCUGAUUUAUUAAGCAAGAAAGUUCGUCUCCA